CGCAUGCCCGAUGAAGUCAGUCCACAUAACAACUCUCCAGAAGCAAAAGCCAACGCAAAUAACACAAUGGCAUUCAAGUUUGUAGCUAUUCUCGCUUUCGUGACUGUCGCCAAUGCCGGUCUCCUCCCUGCUGUCCAAGUAUACAGUGCUGCUCCAGUAGUAGCCGCUGCUGCUCCCGUUUUGGCCAAGGCUGUUGAUGAAUAUGAUCCACAUCCACAAUACAAUUUCGCUUACGAUGUUCAAGAUUCACUCACCGGAGAUUCAAAGAGCCAAGUUGAAGCUCGUGAUGGAGAUGUUGUCCGUGGUCAAUACUCCCUCAUUGAUGCCGAUGGACAUCAACGCAUUGUCGACUACACCGCUGACCCAAUCAAUGGAUUCAACGCUGUCGUCCAACGUAACCCAAUCGGUACUGCCGUAGUUGCUAAAACCGUUGCUCCCGUUGCCCCAGUCAUCGCUAAAACUGUUGUCCCAGCCGCAUACUCAGCUCCUCUUAUUGCCAAAACUGUUGCCCCAGUUGCAUACGCCGCUCCAGCUCCCUAUGCUGCUCCAGCCGCUGCCAUUGUGAAAACUUCAUUCGCUUCACCAAUUGUCUCAUAUGCUCAUUAAUUUAUUUUUGUAACUAAUGAAAGUGUGAUUGAAAUAGAAAAUUUUAAAAAUA